AUGUCAUCUCCAAACGCUACUUUUACUAUUAAAAACGGUCCAUCUUUCCAAGGUAAAUCAUUCGGUGCUGAAAAAUCAAUCGCCGGCGAAGCUGUCUUUACUACAUCUCUAGUUGGUUAUCCAGAAUCUAUGACUGAUCCAUCAUACCGUGGUCAAAUAUUAGUCUUUACUCAACCAUUGAUCGGUAAUUACGGUGUCCCAUCCGGGGAAGAACGUGAUGAAUUUAACCUUUUGAAAUAUUUUGAAUCUCCUCAUGUUCACGUCGUAGGGAUCGUCGUCGCUGAAUACGCUUAUGAAUAUUCUCAUUGGGCUGCUGUGGAAUCAUUAGCCUCUUGGUGUAAAAGAGAAGGUGUCGCUGCCAUCACUGGUGUCGAUACUCGUGAAAUUGUUCAAUAUUUAAGAGAACAAGGUUCCUCCCUAGGUAGAAUCACCAUAGGUAAUGACACUCCUGUUGAUUAUAUCGACCCAAUGAGUACUCAUUUGGUUGCACAAGUCACUACAAAGCAACCUUUCCAUAUCUCGGGUAAGAAUCCAACUGCUAAUGUUGCCUUAAUCGAUUGUGGUGUUAAGGAAAAUAUUAUCAGAUGUUUAGCCGCAAGAGGUGCAAACGUCACUGUCUUACCUUAUGAUUAUAGAAUUCAAGAUAUUGCCCAUCAAUUCGAUGGUAUUUUCUUAUCCAAUGGUCCAGGUAACCCAGAAAUGUGUGAAAAGACUAUUGCUAAUUUGAAAGAAUUAUUGAAUAAUCCAAAAUUUGAUGAUAUUCCAAUCUUUGGUAUUUGUUUAGGCCAUCAAUUAUUAGCUUUAGCUUCAGGUGCUAAGACAAUGAAAUUGAAAUACGGUAAUAGAGCUCAUAAUAUUCCUGCUAUGGAUCUAACUACAGGACAAUGUCAUAUUACUUCUCAAAAUCAUGGUUACGCUGUCGACCCAGAAACUUUACCAAGUGAUCAAUGGAAACCAUACUUUGUUAACUUAAAUGAUAACUCCAAUGAAGGUAUGAUCCAUUUAACUAGACCAAUAUUUUCAACUCAAUUCCAUCCAGAAGCUAAAGGUGGUCCAUUAGAUACCGCUGUUCUAUUUGAUAAAUUUUUUGACAAUAUUGAAACUUACCAUGUGAUUCAACAGUCAAAGAAGAAAUUAGCUGCUGUUCAUCAAUUAGAUUUAUCUGUUGAUAAACUAGCUAAGGAAAGAGUUUUAUUUUAA